UUGGUCACCAAGCCGGAACCGGAAGCGGGGGUUAUAAAGUAAAGGAAGCUGGACCUCCCAGGGUUUUCGUCUCAGGUUUGCUCCGCCGCCACUUUGAACCCAGAUUCGAAGCUGUCCCCUGGCCGGACUUUGCCUUCGCCAUGGCGCUCAGCGAUGCAGAUGUACAGAAGCAGAUUAAGCACAUGAUGGCUUUNAUUGAACAAGAAGCCAAUGAGAAAGCAGAAGAAAUAGAUGCAAAGGCAGAAGAAGAGUUCAACAUUGAGAAAGGUCGCCUUGUGCAAACGCAAAGACUGAAGAUUAUGGAAUACUACGAGAAGAAAGAAAAGCAGAUUGAGCAGCAGAAGAAAAUUCAGAUGUCCAACUUGAUGAAUCAAGCAAGGCUCAAAGUCCUCAGAGCAAGAGAUGACCUCAUCACUGAUUUGCUAAAUGAGGCAAAACAGAGACUCAGUAAGGUGGUAAAAGAUACGACCCGGUACCAAGUGCUGCUGGAUGGGCUGGUCCUUCAGGGCUUGUACCAGCUGCUGGAGCCUCGAAUGAUCGUGCGCUGCAGAAAACAAGAUUUCCCUUUGGUGAAGGUAAAAACUUUUGUUGAUAUUAUUAUUAACAGUAAUUGUUGUUGCUGGUGAACAAAGCUGGUGAAG